AUUCCGAGUUUAGCUUGAACCCUGAGCCACGUCCUCGCACUUCCGUCAUCUCGUGGCAUCUUUGCCCAUUUUUCAUUAUAAAUCAGAUCAAGGCUAGACAUUCAUUCUCACGACCAGGCGGAUCCGUCAAAUUCUUUUCAAAUCCUCGCCUCCUCGGGUUGGUGGCGCCCAAACUAAAUAAAAGAAAAAAGAAAUCCAGUGACCGCAUCAACGCCUCUGUCGCCAUUACUACUGUCAUAAAAGCAACCAUGCUUAGCUCCAUCUAAUCGCCGUUGCUCGACUCAUUCCUGCUCUCAAAUCCAUACAGCUCAUUUCGAGGCUUUUUCUGGUGGAGAGAAAAAAGGAACAAGGAGCGGUUGAAAACAAGCACCGGAGUUUCUCUCGGAUUUGUACGGGGACCGAAGUUCUUCCGUAAAUUCGUGCGAGUUAGCGUGCUCUGAAGGAGAGAAAAAUCCUAUCCGCUCCGAAGGCAAAAGGCUCGUACUUCCGAGAGUGAGUGAAAGACUGAGGGAGAGAAGGGGGACGGAGGCGCAAUGCGGCAGAGAUCUCCUGCCGUGCUGCUUCAGCUGCGGCUGUGGCUGCUGGCGGUCUCCGCGUUGCCGGCUUUUCUUGGCGUUCUUGCGGCUGACCUUAGCAAAGAACCAUUCACCAUCCGAAUAAGCUGUGGAAGUUUUGAUGAUGUCCGUACGUCACCUACAGACACAUUGUGGUACAGAGACUUCGGUUAUACUGGAGGCAGGUUUGCAAAUGCCACUCGCCCGAGCUAUAUCAUUCCUCCGCUGAAAACACUUCGUUAUUUCCCACUAUCUGAUGGCCCUGAGAAUUGCUAUAACAUCAACAACGUUCCCAACGGGCACUAUCAAGUCAGGCUUUUCUUUGCCUUGCUGGAUAAUCCUAAUCUUGAUAGCGAGCCAAUUUUCGAUGUUUCUGUUGAGGGCACCCUAUUCAGUUCUUUGCUUUUGGGCUGGAGCAGCGAUGAUGAGAAGACAUUUGCAGAAGCUUUGGUUUUUGUUCAGGAUUCUAGCUUAUCAGUUUGCUUCCAUAGCACAGGUCAUGGUGAUCCAUCGAUUCUUUCUAUUGAAGUUCUCCAAAUUGAUGACAAUGGCUAUAACUUUGGCCCUUCAUGGGGAAAGGGGACAGUACUUAGAACAGCGAAAAGGUUGAGAUGUGGCUCUGGAAAGUCUGCUUUUGAUGAAGAUCUGCAUGGUAUCCAUUGGGGUGGGGACAGAUUCUGGUUAGGAUUACAAACUUUAUCAUCCAGUUCCGAUGAUCAGUCUAUAUCAACUGAGAAUGUUAUAGCAGAGACAUUGAUAGCUCCGAAUUUUUACCCUCGGAGCUUAUACCAAUCAGCUAUUGUGGGCACUGAUAGGCAACCGAGCUUGUCUUUCGAAAUGGAUGUUACUCCAAACAAGAACUAUUCAGUAUGGCUUCACUUUGCAGAGAUUGAUAAUGGGGUAACUGCAGAAGAGCAAAGAGUAUUUGAUAUACUCAUCAAUGGAGACACUGCAUUUAAGGAUGUUGAUAUAGUCCGCAUGACAGGAGAGCGUUUUACUGCACUUGUUCUGAAUAAAACCGUAGCUGUCAGUGGGACAACACUUAAGAUCAUCUUGCAACCUGUGAAAGGAACCCGUGCCAUUAUUAAUGCCAUUGAGGUGUUUGAGAUAAUCGCAGCUGAAAAGAAGACUUUGCCUCAAGAAGUGAGUACAUUGCGGACAUUGAAGGGUUCACUUGGCCUUCCACUUCGAUUUGGCUGGAAUGGUGACCCCUGUGUUCCUCAGCAGCAUCCAUGGAGUGGAGUUGAUUGUCAGUUUGACAACACCAAAGGGAAUUGGGUUAUUGAUGGAUUGGGUCUUGACAACCAAGGUUUGAGAGGGGUUAUACCUGGUGACAUAUCUAAGCUGCAACAUCUGCAAAGCAUAAACUUGAGCGGCAAUAGCAUAAAGGGGAACAUUCCAACCUCUGUGGGUACCAUCUCUGCACUGCAAGUACUGGAUCUGUCAUACAAUGAGCUUAAUGGAUCUAUUCCAGAGAGCCUUGGCCAGCUGACAUCGCUACAGAUCCUGAAUCUGAAUGGCAAUCGUCUGUCAGGAAGAGUCCCAGCCAGUUUAGGAGGAAGGCCUCUGCACAGAGCUAGAUUCAACUUCACCGAUAAUGCUGGACUAUGUGGAAUUCCUGGGUUACGUGAAUGUGGCCCUCAUCUAUCCGUGGCUGCUAAAAUCGGCAUGGCUUUCGGGGUGCUUUUAGCUAUUCUUUUUCUAGUUGUUGCAGCGUGUUGGUGGAAAAGACGGCAGAACAUUCUCCGCGCCCAAAAGUUAGCUGCAGCAAGGGAAGCUCCUUAUGCAAAAUCAAGGACCCAGUUCACCCGGGAUGUGCAAAUGGCGAAGCAUCAGCGACCGUCUGAAAGCUCUCGAAGCAGCAACAAUGAAAGCUCGCCACAUUUGCUUUCCUAGCUAGGUGACUGAUAGCAACGGUGACCUGGUUUCGCUCCAUUCUUUUGUUCUUCCUUACGCUCCCUUGCUGAUUUGAAAGACAAAAUUGUACAUACUAGCCAGGUCAUGGAUGGUGUAUAUACUAGUAUCCUUUUGCGCUCCUAAACUUAGUCCAGGAGAGGUAUCAGAUGAGAGAAAUUACCCAGUUCAUCCUAUUUGAUGUUACGACUGCAGCCGUUGAAUUAUCCUUAUUGUUCAAUCAUUCUUACUGUCAGUUUUGUACCGAUUGAUUUCUCUGAAGUUCUGCAAAAACUGCUUUUAUCAGGAGCAGGGGCCCUGCGGUGGGCUAAACCUGAUUUUUCAGUUUUUGUUGACGCAAUUAUUUGUUGUUGUA